AAACACUACAGAUCGAAUGAACCUUUCAUCGACUACCCUUCUUUUCAGGUAAACCGAAUUCUCCAGCAUAACAUGUCCACCGACCAGACCAGUUGAGUCAAGUCUAAACUCGAACCACCAACGUAACUCAUUUCAUACCUAUGAUAAGUAAGAUUAAACAAAAGCCCGUGUAGAAAAUAUAACAUUGAAACUACUCCGUGUAGAAUUGAAUUUGCGAUCUCCGGCACACGCGACUACACUCUCCUUUUGCGAGUAGGUCUAACAAUUUUCAAUCGAUGUGAAUUUAGGAAGCAAAAUCUACAUUCAUAGCCCGCCAUUUAUCAAUCUUCUUAUAAGCUCUGUUUCUCUCUCACACAUACAGAGUCACGGACUCACUGGAAACUAUGAGUAACACACAGAAUACUGAUUCCGGGUGUUUCUCAGCGAUUAUGCGUCGGAUUCUAUGCGCAGGCAGUCUACAGACACACCCAUCAGACCCAAUUGUAGAGUCAAACCCAUGUAAGUUCGAUCAUGCAAACAAAGAUUCGAAGAGAGAUGCCAGAAUUCUAGCUCCUGAGCCUAAGAGGGUGGUUGAUACUCCAGCUCUAGCGCCAGGAGUGGUGGCAAGGCUGAUGGGGUUAGAUUCAUUACCAGAUUCGAAAUGGGUCCCAAGAGAAAGACUUCCAGAUUCAGUGACAAGAAGCAGGUCAGUGAAUUUCAUGGACUACUUAUUGGAGCUCGACUUGGGUCAGUCAAGACAUCGUCGUGUUCGGACGUCGGUGUCGUUUCGUGAGGUUCCGACGUCGUUUCAAGGUGUUCAACAAAAUCAAGAUUUCUUGGUUCUGUACCUGGGGACUGUGGAGGAAACAGAGGAAGUGGGUCUUCGAAAGGAGGGGAAGAGAGAUGAAGAGAAAAGGAAGAACAAGGAGAAUAUGCGAGAAAGAGUGAUGAUGAAGAAAAAGAAGAAAGAAAAUCAAGUAAAUAACGCCAAAAUCUCUGCAUUGAAGAAUGAACCGAGAAGGUCCUUCUCUAAUAAACAUUUUCCAAAGCAUGAAAAGGAGAUUAAUUGCAGAAAGUUAUCGGGUAAAAGAAUCUCGAAAGAAAGAAGUCCAGUGAAGUCUGUAUAUCAGAAAGAAAAGUAUAUGGAUUCAAAAAAGAUGUUGAAGAAGAAGAAGAAGAAGAAAGAAAAUCAGGCAGUAGAAUGUUCAAGUUCAGCUUCUGUGGUUGAUCACAACUUUCUUUCCUCCAUUGAUGAAUAUCUUCUAUUGGAGAUGAAGCCAAUUGAUUCAAUACCAAAGAAGAAAAGGCCUCCAACAGCAGCAAAUUAUGAUUCCCCAUCACCACAUCCAACUCAAGUUUUGAACACUGAUCAUCAGCAAGAGGCAGAGUAUUAUGGAGAACUGAUGAGCGAGCUCUGCCGAUUGAUAAAAGAAGAUUUAGAAGAAUCAAACUGGACUGCGAAAAAGGGGUUUGCAUUUGAAGGUUUUGAAGAGACCUGCAAGGAGUUGGGGCAGCAAAUUUUGGAUCAAUUAGUACACCAUAUAGUGUGCGAACUUGUUUUAUUUUACAUGUGAAAUCUGAACUAGUAAUGCACAUAGAAUGCAGUACUGUUUAGAAGCAAAAAUGAUAAAGAUUCCAACGAUAAGCAUUCGAAAAACAUCUCAGCAGUCUUCUAAUAAAUGAGUGUCACACUGUUGGAUGCUUUUGAAA